ACUCCGGAACAUUAGCUCCCUAGGAUUCUAACUCUUCAUUGGUCCGUCUACGUACACGGCAACACAACCUCUGCCCGUUUGUUGUCGCGGAGGCAGUGUCGGCGGAAGUUGCUAACGUGCGCAGGGGAUGGCGAAAAUCGCGCUAGGUUGCGAACCGGUGGUUGGAUUGCUAACGCCGUCAAAGAAGAGGGAGUACAGAGUCACCAACAGACUUCUAGAAGGCAAGCGUCCUCUAUACGCCGUCGUUUUCAACUUCGUCGACUCUCGUUACUUCAACGUCUUCGCCACCGUUGGCGGCAAUCGGGUGACUGUAUACCAAUGCCUUGAAGGUGGCGUUAUUGCCGUAUUGCAGUCUUACAUUGACGAAGAUAAGGAUGAAUCUUUUUACACUUUGAGUUGGGCAUGCAAUAUCGAUGGGACCCCAUUUUUGGUGGCUGGAGGAAUAAAUGGUAUAAUUCGGGUCAUUGAUGCUGGCAAUGAGAAGAUACACAAGAGCUUUGUUGGGCAUGGGGAUUCAAUAAAUGAAAUUAGGACUCAGGCACUGAAACCAUCACUUGUGGUAUCUGCAAGCAAAGAUGAAUCUGUUCGGUUGUGGAAUGUUCAUACAGGAAUAUGCAUUUUAGUAUUUGCUGGUGCUGGGGGUCAUCGAAAUGAAGUCCUGAGCGUGGACUUCCAUCCUUCUGACAUGUAUCGGAUCGCUAGCUGUGGAAUGGAUAACACUGUCAAGAUCUGGUCAAUGAAAGAAUUCUGGACAUAUGUAGAGAAAUCUUUUACUUGGACAGAUCUUCCUUCAAAGUUUCCCACAAAAUAUGUACAAUUUCCUAUAUUCAUAGCUUCAGUUCAUUCGAAUUAUGUUGACUGCAAUCGAUGGCUUGGCGAUUUUAUCCUGUCCAAGAGUGUUGACAAUGAAAUUGUAUUAUGGGAACCAAAAAUGAAGGAACAGUCUCCUGGGGAGGGCUCAGUUGACAUUCUUCAGAAAUAUCCUGUUCCUGAGUGUGAUAUUUGGUUCAUCAAGUUUUCCUGUGACUUCCAUUACAAGUCAGCAGCUAUAGGGAAUAGGGAAGGGAAGAUUUUUGUAUGGGAACUGCAAUCAAGUCCUCCUGUUCUCAUCGCAAGGUUAUCACACGUUCAAUCAAAAUCUCCUAUUAGACAAACUGCCAUGUCCUUUGAUGGAAGGUAAAGGCUCCCAGAUAAUUACUAACCUUGGAUUACCAGAAAAACACACAUACCAUUGCCAGUGAGGUGUGAUCAAUGGCAUUUCUAAAUAUUGCAGCACUAUCCUUAGCUGCUGCGAGGAUGGAACUAUCUGGCGGUGGGAUGUGGUGGCAACUUCUUAAGCUUCUCCGUUUAGAACCAUUGGCGGGAUUUUCAUGAGCAACCUCUUCGCUGAUGAAAUCAAUUUUUAAAUUAUGUUGUAUAGGAAGAGAGAGGAAAUGAGUCUCGUAUCUUCGUCCAAGACCUGAUGCUGGUAUGAUUUAUGUGUUAUUGACUAUUGAAAAGUACUAUGUUAGUGUACUGAAUCUUACAAAAUAUGAGAUUGGGCUCUUCAGCAGUUUUGGCCUGGUUACUCUAGAAGUUCCUCAAGUUGCAGUCUAUGUAUUUGGAUCAUAUUUCUAUCACAAUAAAAGUGCUUAUUUGUAUCUUACCAUUCUCUCAUAAGUUAAGGAUUUGUAUCACUUCAAUUUUGAUG